AGGCGGCAGCGCUAAGUGGAUGUGACUGCACUGAUUGCACUCCACGGGAAAGCGAGAAGAAAUAGCCUACCUCUGAUCACCAACGCGUCAUAUAAUGUUUCAGCGGACGCCCCUCCCCCUGUCUCGUUUUUUCCCCUCACUCAACCUCUCCUUUGACUCACAGAGGCGGCUCACCACUGGCGCACGGACCGUGGAGGAUACGGGCAGAAGAUGGCUGACUUAGCCGGGCACCGCGAGCCCUCGGCGGCAUCACCAGCGUCACACGGGCCGCUGAAGAGCUGCGAGACCUCCGCCGUCUGGCCACUGUAAACAGCUGCCUCUCUCACCCCCUCCUCUCCCCUCCUCACCGCAAAUAUUGACAGAAGUAUCACAGAGAAAACAUGGCAGAGAUGGAAAAAGAGGGCAGACCUCCGGAAAAUAAAAGAAGCCGAAAACCAGCUCACCCGGUGAAAAGGGAAAUAAAUGAAGAGAUGAAGAGCUUUGCAGAGAACACCAUGAAUGAGUUGCUGGGCUGGUACGGCUACGACAAGGUGGAGCUGAGAGACUCUGACAACCUGGAGAUUGGGGAGAUGCCACAGCACAUCUCUGUCCUCAAAGAAAACUCGUUGCCAAAAAUCCCAGCUUCAGCAGAGAACAGCGAAGGCUCUCCCGACCGAGCCAACAGCUCGCAGUCGCUGCCAGGAUCCAGGAACGGAGUCGCAGAGCCCUCCACCACCACCACCACGCCGUCCACCUCCACGCCCAGCACCAAGGAGCAUGGCAACCUGCCCAUCAUGGUCCCCAUGAUCCCCCCGCCGCUCAUCAAGCCCCCUGCAGAUGACGAUGCAUCCAGUGUGCAGAUUAUGUGCGCCUGGUGCCAGAAGGUCGGCGUCAAACGCUAUUCUCUGAGCAUGGGGAGCGAGCUGAAGAGCUUCUGCAGUGAGAAGUGCUUCGCCGCCUGUCGUAGAGCCUAUUUUAAGAGGAACAAGCUGGGAUAUAUAAGGAAUUACGCCGCGAGAGACGACGAUGGCCUCGGUGGGAAAUUACCCCAGCACAGCUUUACUCAGGACACGCCCAGGCUUGUCUUCAAGACAAACAGCGAUGUGCUUGUGUGUGACUGGUGCAAACAUAUUCGCCACACUAAGGAGUACCUGGACUUUGGUGCUGGUGAGCGGAGGCUGCAGUUCUGCAGUGCCAAAUGCCUGAACCAAUAUAAAAUGGACAUUUUCUACAAGGAGACCCAGGCUGCCCUGCCUGGAGCACUGUGUAACCCAGGACAUGGCGCUGCCGGUGAGGGUAAGCCAGAGUGUAGUGGAGGUGUACAGCUGCUCACUCCUGAAUCCUGGGGAACGCCAUUAUCGGACCUACGGCGAAAAGCUCCUUCACCUGGGGGACCGUCCACCACCUCUGCUUUGGCUCCUUCCACUUCUUCUGCCACCUCACCAUCAGACACGACUGCUGUCUGCUCCCCAUCCUCCUCCUCUUCAGCCAAAAUCCCCACACCCAGGCCCCAUGAGAGCCCGACACUUCCCCCUCCGCCUGUUCAUUCUUUGCAUCCACCAGUCGGUGUUCCCUCUGGUAGCCCUCCUAUGGUGAUGACACCCCGGGGACCCAUGCCCCUGCCUCUGUUCAUGGAGCAUCAAAUGAUGCAGCAGAUUCGUCCACCGUUUCUUCGACCCUCUGCUCAUCCAGCAGGACCCAACAGCCCACUGUCAAACCCCAUGAUCCCUGGCAUUGGCCCACCACCUCCCCCUAGGACACUAGGCCCAGCAUCAAGUCCGAUGCACAGGCCUUUGCUCUCUCCACAUGUCCACCCCUCAUCUAAUCCCAACCCUGGUAUGAUCCCCCCACACCCUGGCAUCCCCAUGCCAGGCCUGCCACCUUUCCCCCCAGUCAACAUGAUGCCCAAUGGACCCAUCCCUUUGCCCCCAAUGAUGAACUUUGGCAUGCCAUCCUUGGCCCCAUUGGUACCCCCGCCAACUCUCUUGGUCCCUUACCCUGUCAUUGUACCCCUACCAGUCCCAAUCCCUAUUCCAAUCCCAAUUCCCUUCAACCCCAAAACUUCCAGGGACCAACCUGAGAGCAGUGGCUCUGUCCGCAGUGCUCCAGAGUCCUCAGAAGCUUCAGCCUCUGGGCCUCACUCUCCAGGUUCCUCUGUAGGUGACAGAGGGGAGCAGAAGAUGGAGUCAACUACUGGGGAGCGUGCCUCUCCUGUGCGCUCAGAAAGAUACAGGACAGCAUUAGUGGACUUGACUGUAAAGGCAGAGGACAAUUCAGGUAACCUUUGUCUAUCCACUGGCCCUGGACUGAUGGACGGAGUUAUUGAUCUAACUGUGGGCCAAAGGUCAUGCCAACAGCAGGUAAUUCAGAGGAUGCUACCUGGGGUCCAGGUCAAAGUAGAGACAGAGGCUGAAUCAAGAUCUCCACCAGCUGCUGGGCUGGGAAGGGAAGGGAAGGGCAAUCGUGAUAGUGGGGAUGAGACUCUUAUUUCACAGGGCCUCCUCAGCGCUACGGAGCCAGAAGCCACCACACACUCUAACACACUGGAAUCAUCAGCCCCACCUUCCAGCAACGACAACCCCUCUGGCAAAGCUGACCCUCCACUGAACCAGUUAAAUCCCUGUGUUGCCAACCUUACCACACCACCCUUACCCAGUACAUUACGGACCCAGACUCUACCCUUGCCCCAGCACCAAACUAGCCCUGCUGCCCCAUGUAACGUAAUAGUCAAUGGUACAGGAUGGCAUUCACUUCUCACUCCUGCAUUUGAGACUUGCCCUGACCCAGGAGGAGACGGGGUUUCAGGAGAAGGAAAGGCAGAGGAGCAGCCAGCUAACGGUGACCUGGAGCAUGAGGCACUAAAAGAGAACAAUUGCUCGGUGGGUGAAUGGGAGCCAGGAAAGCGGGUCUUAGCACAAGACGAGAUAGUGGACACAGUGAAGGGUAAGCCAGAUCCUGACUCCAACUUGGAGGAGGGUGAGCACGCCUACGCCCUGCCACUACUGUCAACCGGAGGCUGUGUCGUCAUCCAGCCUGUGCCAAAGCCCACCGCUGACAAGACGGCCAUCCUGUCCUGCUCCAUCAGUGCACCAUUAUCAGCAGCUGGGAGUCCUGAGCUGGAGCCGCCGCUGAAGAGGAGGUGUCUGCGAAUUCGCAAUCAGAACAAAUGAGAUGGAUGCUCUGAGGACCGCAGUGCCAUCAACGACGCUCACUUGUCCACCCCCCACCUCCAAAUCCCAGCACUCCCAACUGCACCACUCCACACGUGCACACGCACGCACACACACACACACACGCACACACACACACACAUUGUCCUCGUCCUCACCCAUCCUCCAGUCUACCAGCACCACAAAUCGCCUUCGAUGACUGAUGAGAGUCAAAGCAAACGUGACGACGUGUAUCAUAGUAGAGCGAACAGGACUCCUUUUGUCUCUGAUGGACUCCACUUCCACGGACUGGAUGUCGUGGCCAGCAGGACUGCUUGACCUUUGAACUGAAGCCAGUAUAUUCCUGCAACAGCAGGACUUUACCCCGCUGCUUCUCUCCUCAUUUAGACUCUCAGCCACACUGCCCCCUCAGACUCUAUCCACCCUCCCUAUCCAACAGCUACUCUCUGUGUUGUCUUUAACUAUGGAACGCACUGUGGUGUCUGAUAUUCAAAGCUGCUGCGUGGAAGGAGCCCCAAGGACAGAUUUCCAUCUCUCAGUGAAAAGCUUCGGUCCAGCCUGUUGAAACACAACAGCUACAAAAUCCUUGCUUCAGUAAUUGUUCAUUUCUUCUCACCCAACUUGCCACUAAACUAAUUCCAUAAAGUCUGCAGAACCACAGAGCUGGCAAAAAAAAAAAAAAAAAAAAAAUUCUUGGCCUAUUCUUGUCCACAACCAGCAAAAAUGUACUUGCCAAGCUGACACCAAGUGUUCUGGGUGAUUCUGGUGCGUGGUAACUCAAAACAAGUCUGAAUACAAUUAAUGCAGUAUGACCUAAGGGCAGUGUAUAGAGAUCUGUCAGUGAGAGGCUGGAAAACUGUCCUUGGACGCAAAAUACCCUUCAGUUGUGUUGAGAGUUAUUCCUACUGAAUCAGCAAACUGGAGAUACUGUUAACCUUCACCAGCAAGUAACAGUAUGUGGGUGGAAUCAUGCAGUCUCUGCCAUUUUCCUUUGGCAUCUAUUUGUUUGCUCUUAAACUUCAGUGAAUUUAGAGAUAUCGUGACACCAGAACGAGAUGAAGCUGUCAUGAUAUUGUUCCUGUCAUUCCUAUUACUGACAUUUUUAAACCCUUUGGAAUGCCGUUCCUGUACUAAAACACAGAGUCGUGCUCUAGUAGCAGUAGGCCCCUGCUGUCUGACAACAUUUCAAGGCUUACUGCACCACCAACAGAACUGAGAUGGCAUGGCAAUGUGGAAACUCUGCCAACCUGCAGUGGGUACUCGCUACCGCAGGCUAGUACUUAAUCUUUUCUAUAAUACAUUACCAGUGAUGUUCCUGUCAUGGGUUAGUUUGAGACUGACUGCGCUGAAUUUAGAGGGGGCAGAGGGAAGCCAGCUCUUUCAUAAAUUAUUCUUUUGGGACCUGGAGGAAAACUGCUGAAGUAACACAACAGAAAUAUUUCCAGAAUAAACACACUGAAGACAAAUUCAUUUUGGCAAUAAUUUGGAGCACGUUGCGUCUUGCUUGUCCACUAAUCCUGCCAAUUUACUUUUUUUUUUAAAGCCAAAUUAUAAAGCCAGUCUUGUCCUUGACUCAAUGUCAUGCACUGUGCACAGCCUUCUGGGGCAGUUUAAGGAAAUGCAACACAACUGUCACCCGUCCAGUUUGAUCUGAUCCAGUUACACUAAAGCCUGUGAGCUGCGACGCCAUGAAACAAAGCCAGCAUUUAGUUUACACUCCUAUGGAGGAGGUACAUUGUACCAGUGUGAGACAAGGUAUUAUCAUAUGCCAAAGGCCUCUGGUGUGUUGAAGCAAAACAUGUCACCUUGUUUUCAGUGGAAAUGGGAUUUCAAACUGAAGAUCUGACCAGAUAAUUCAUAGUUGCCAAAAAAAAGCACUUAUAUCAAGAAAAAAUAAUGGAAGCUACAGGAGAACACAAGUGGAUGUCACAAGCAGUAUUACUGUUAACGCUCUUUUGGUUUACUCAGCCCAUAAUGUGACACACUCAUUAACCCUCGUGUGGUCAAAACUGACCCAUUUUAAAGUUUGAAAAUGUGGAGAAAAAAAAUAUUUUCUCAGUCAAACUUCUGAUGUCCACAUUUUCAAAAUUUUUGAGAAAUCUUUGAACAUUUUUUGGUGGAAAAAAAGAAAUGUGAAAAAUGUUUUUUAAGAACAUUCACAAAAAAAAUCAACCAAAAUCCAGCGGAUUUCACUGGAAAAUAUUAGAAAUUUUACUGAUAUAUAUGGAAUCACUUUAGAUAUUUUUAAGAUUUUUUGGAAGAUUUUUACUUAUUUUUUGAAAAUAUUUACAAGAAUUUUCUUGCCAAAUUUGGGGGAUUUUUUUUUUUU